AUCCCUCUACGCGUGGCAAUAAGUUGACGUAAUUGGACGAUACCGUCAGAUCUUACCUGCGGGCUAUCGGCUCCACGAUCGUCUGCGCUAACUCUCACCGAGGGCCACGAGUUCUGGACAAACCGCGUGCCGUCGGGUGAAGGGCUGCUGGACUGGAGCUCACCUCGGCGCAGCAAGCAUUUCAUCAACUGCGCGGGCGUCCCGUCCCACACGGCACCAAUCGCACGCCACGAAGAAUUCGCAGUCUUCUUCUUCUGGCCUUCCCUCCCACCACCAACACCUUGACCAUGCGUCUCACGCUCGCGUGGGCCAGCUGUCUCAUUGCGCUCGCCGUCACUGCCUCAUCGACGAAGGCUUCAUCGCAGCAGCCUCUACCUCUGCAUCGCUUCUCUUACGCCUCCGACGUUAGCCUCCAAGUCGUGCGCGCUGCACCACCUAGCACACACCACAGCCACAAACGGCAUAGCGGUGCGAGGGCGGGAGGAAGCGCAGGUGUUGUUCACGAUGCGCCAAGCUUUACGCGUCGAUCCAACCCCAACGCCAUCCUUGCAUCGGACACGCUUCGUCUGACGCUCAGAGCCUUCGACCAGCUCUUUCACCUUCAUCUCGAACCCAACGAAGAGAUUGUUCACCCCGAUGGUGCCACUGUCCGCUAUCAUCAGCCGGAUGGCAGUGUGAAGGAGGAACGCAUCUUGCGCGGAGAGACUAGGGCUUACCAUGGAGAGGUAGUGCAUGCCAUGUGGUCGAGAGAUAGAAUGGCAGAGGAUCGCGCUGGGGUGAGGAGAGAUGUUGGGUCCCCAUCAUGGACCGAGCAGGGUGUCGUGGGUCGCGCAGCUGUAGUGGUUCACGACGAUGGUUCCGAGUCCGGUUCCCCUUCCUUUGAAGGCACCUUUACCUGGGACGGCAACAUCCACACCAUCAAGCAGGCGAGGACUUUUGCCGCUCAGCGAUCUGAAUACGAUCCCCCUGUCGACAAGCGGUCUUUCGAUGAGAACAGAAUCCUGGUGCACCGACAGAGCGACAUGAUGCUGCCUCACGAAGCACGUUCGCUCGGUAUUCGGGAUGCCGAGGUAGCAGACGCAGGAUGCUCGAGCGACUCGCACGAAUAUAACCUCAACAACCGUCUCAUCUUGACCGACUCGAACAAUGACGAGUUCAGCGCGUCCCCUCUUAGCUUCUUCGCUUCGCCCGACGGCUUGACUUCUCUCUCUGCGAGGCACGACGGCGCGGAGGGAUCUUCGCUCUACAAGCGUGCGACAAAUGUCGCAGCUUCUCUACUCGACCGCACUCUUCGGAGAGAUUCCGAGCACCUUGUAGGUCUCGAGAACCUGCACGGACGAUUCGACUACCACGACCCUCUCAUCAGGAGGCAGGGUGGCGAUGCUCUCACGGGCAACGGUGGAACGAACGACUCGUACACCGGCUCAAUUGGCUCCACGGCGGGGUGCCCGAGCACGAACCAGGUCGUAUACAUGGGUAUCGCUGCUGACUGCAACUAUGCAGGCCAAUUCAGCGAUCAGAAUGAGGUGCGAAGAAACUUGCUUAACCUCAUGAACGAGGUCAGCAACUUGUACCGAAGCACCUUCCGAGUAUCGCUAGGUGUGGUUCAGCUCGAAGUACAGUCGUCUGCUUGUCCCAGCACUGCGCAGUCCAACGCGCAGUGGAACAUUGGGUGCACUGACGGAGGUCCAAGUCUUGACCAGCGGCUCUCCGCCUUCUCGCAAUGGGCCGGUCAGAACAACAAUGGGACUGGACUAUGGCACAUGCUGACCACCUGCCGCAGCGGCAGCGAAGUAGGCGUGGCAUGGUUGGGAACGCUGUGCCAGACGCGAGCCAGUCCAAGCGGCAAUGGAGAUGUGGUCAAUGGUGCCGGAGUGACGGCGUCGACUACGCAAGUCAGUCAAGUCGUGGCGCACGAAAUUGGGCACAAUUUCGGCGCGGUGCACGAUUGCAGUUCAGGAUGCUCCAUCUCUGGAGGAAUGGCGCGACAGUCCAGCGGCGCUUCUUGCUGCCCCGCAUCGACUGGUAGCUGCAACGACAAUAGCCAGCACAUUAUGAGCCCCGUCUCUCGAUCGGACACGUUCACCUUUUCACCUUGCACCAUCGGAAAUAUCUGCACCCUGCUGAGUCGAGGCCUCAACACGGAAUGCGUUGUGGAGCCUGGCUCCCGACAGACGCUUAGUGAACAGCAGUGCGGCAAUGGCAUCUUGGAGCUGGAUGCUGGCGAAGAGUGCGAUGCGGGACCGAACGGUAGCGCAUGCUGCACCGCCGACUGCAAAUUGACCUCGGGAUCCGUUUGCGAUCCGGAAGGAUCUGCUUGCUGUACGGAUCAGUGUCAGUUCGCAUCUGCUGGUACCGUUUGUCGACCAUCGGUCGACGACCGAUGCGAUUCGGCCGAGACUUGCUCGGGAACGAGCGAUGAGUGCCCGGCUGAUCAGCGCGAGAGCGACGGGCACGGCUGUGGCGAUGGGCUCAGCUGCGCUUCUGGUCAUUGCACCAGCCGGGAUCAGCAGUGCCAACAGCAAGGAACGGAUAUGGGCCUUACGAGGGCCUGCUCUGCCACAGCAUCCAACAGCUGUUCGGUGAGCUGUCAAAGCCCUAGCAGGGCCAACACAUGCGUCAUUCUCUCUUCCAACUUUAUCGACGGUACGAGCUGCGGUUAUGGAGGGAGGUGCGAAAAUGGAGAGUGCAGGAGCGGAUCGAGCACGGAUACGUUGGGCGCUUACUUUAGGGAACAACCGCAGAUUGCCAUUCCCGUGACCAUUGUGGUGGGCAUCAUUGUGCUGCUGGUGCUGUGGGCGCUAUUGAGGUGCAUCGUAGGCGCAUGCACGAGAAGAAGGAGAGCGUCGAGCAGCAAUUGGAACAAGCGAUCCUCCUCCUCCACUAUGCCUUCGAGAUUUGGAGGAAGUAGGGCGACUGGCGCACCUGUUGGACCCCCACCUAGACAUCCCCAGGCUAGGUACUCCAACUCUCCGCAUAGCACCGCCGCGGAGUCGCAAGCGUACCCCGCUUAUCCUUCUUACGACGCGCCUGCCGGUCCUCCUCCUCCACCGCCUCAACCUGCUUGGACGAAUGGCAGGUGGAGAAAUUGAGAGCAGUCAGGUAUGCAUUCGGCUUUUGCGAUUAGGAAAAGCA